AUGUCAAGUGGGCCUAACAAGGCUGACUCUGGUAGCACUUGGGACGAUGGAUUUGUCCUUAGGUGUUACGACGAGGACUUCAUCGCCUUCCCUGUCACUUCGUCAAGCCCAAGCAACGAAGGCCACUGUAUCUGGGUUACCAGACCCUCCUACAAGGACCAGUACUUCGCCUCACAGGGACCCCCAAGACCAAUUCCCAAUUUGCCCGCUCCCAAGCUCGUCGUCAAGCCUGCAGGGAAUGGGAUGGGCUUGGGAGUAUUCGCAACAGAGGACAUCAAGGCGCACGAACUGAUUCUCAUGGAACGCCCCUACAUCGUAUACCCCGCGUUUCCCCAUUGCCAUCUACCCAAAGAACUCCCUGAGGAUGCGCGUUCUGUGGGAGGUGUGAUGGAAAAGAUCCAGUCUCUAUGGAAUCAGACUGAGCAACAGUUCGAGGCGAUCUUCAACCACUGUAUGACGGCAGAAGACCGCGCGGGGUUCAUGACUCUAGCAAACAGUGCCCCCUCAAUCGGUCGUCCGAUCACAGGCCGACUCUCUACCAACGGGUUCAGCGCACCCUUUAACGACCCUAGCAUCCCCGAGGAAUUCCAUGCAGCAGUCACCAGAAUUGGGAGCAGAUUCAAUCAUAGCUGUAUCCCCAACGUCAACCAGGAAUUUCAUCCAAAGACGUUCUCGAUGCUCGCGACUGCAUCUCGAGACAUCCCAGCAGGUUCGCAGCUCUACGUGUCUUACACCGACUCCACGAUGUCGAAGAUGGAGCGAGCCACUUUUCUGCUUCAAGAAUUUGGAUUUAGGUGCUCCUGCAAAGCCUGUCUGAACAGCACGCCGGAAAGGGACGAGCUCCGCAAGACGUGCUUUGUCUUGAUCCAAGAAUGGGAGAAGCAACUCGACACGGUGUGGUUGAAGGACCGGGGCCUUACGUCGAAGGUAUUGGACCCGCUGCUGGAGGUGAAGAAGAGGAUGGAAGACGAAGGUUUGGACAUUCUCAGAACAGGAUACUACAAUCUUUGGAGGAUCAUUUUUUGGCGCCCGCCAACUGGCAGGACCGUCCCUUCUUCCGCUGUAUUCUUCAUUCCAAUGCCCUCAGACGGUUGGUGCUUCAACUUUAGGACACGGGUCGAUCUCGACGACUCGGACGACUCGGACGAUGACGUUAAGAGCGGCGCCAACCAGAAUUCAGACGCCGCAGAGUUCAGGGAUUUGAAUCUAUCCAGUCGCGCGGAGACGGUCAACUACAAGCCGAACCCGUUCAGCAUAGCCAAGAUCAACGCGAUAUGUCGUGCAGAGAAGGCGAGCUCGAAGUCCUCAGAUGCUCUCCAAAUCAAGAAUGAUUCGAACGACAAGGCCAAGGACCGGCAGAAUCAGUCCGAGGUCUUUCGCCUCAAGGCGAAUGCUGACAAGGCUCAGCCUCGUAUCCCUGGAGCCAGGGCUAAGGCUCCGGGAAAGGCUUUGGCAAAGUGUGGUGCUUCACAGCAAAAACUGACCUUCACAGCCGCCAAGAGAGCGCAUACAUCCAAUGCCCCGCGUUCGAAGCAGCCGAAAACUUGCUCGAAACCAGCGACCAACUUGAAAGAGCCAUUGAACACAAGAUUCAGAGGCAUAGCACCUCACGUUCCUCCUGCUUCGCCGAUGGAUGUGCAGCCUUCAACGAACCAGUCCGAUGGGCCUUCAGCUGGACCGUCGUUUCCUCAACCAAUGGAAAAGCUUGCAGCUCUUCCACAGCGAUCAGUACUUGUAAAACCUGAGAGCCCUCCUUCUAUUCUCUCCGGCUGCGGUGUAUUGCCAUACGACGAGGGCACAUAUUCUAGCCCCGGUGCACCGAAUCAAGCGCGUAUACAGACAGUCCAGUCGAUUCCUCGUUCAAUUGGUCUUAUUUCUAUUACCCCUUCCGCGUCGGCUUAA